AUGUCGAAACAGAGUAACAUAGAGCGUGGGAAAUGGCGUACUAAAUGUCGGGAGAAGCUGAGUGAACAUAUUGAAAAGCAUUUGGGUAUAAAUAUAAAACCAUCGCAAGUGAGGCUGCAAUCGACUCGUGAGGAUGGUUACUUAUGGAGAGCGCUUCCCGAGAAGCAACAUCUGUUUUCUAAGAAUUUGAGCGAACACUCAGCUAGAGCAUACAAAGAUUUGUGCGAGGGAGUGGGAACUACUUUUGAGGCAGUGAGAGCCACUCCGGAUUCAUAUCCAGGCCAAGAUGCAUUUGUCUCUAUUGGUACCGAACCUCCAAGCUUUACCUCGAGAAUCAAUGAGCUCCAAGUUCAGAACGACUACUUAACCCAACAGCUGAACCUUCUAAGGUUCCAGCUAGAGGCUGAGAUUAAAUUGCGACUUAGCGUCGAGGAAAAGCAGAAUGUGGCCGAUGAGAGGAUUAGUACUACACAGGAAAAGCUCGACGCUGCCGUCCGCCGAGAGGGCUAUUUCCGUAGCAUUGCUUUAAGGUACUCUCAAGGGUUUGCACGAAUCAUACCUAUUAUAAAUGAGAUACAAGAGAGCCCAGGAAUUACGGAAGAAGGAUACCUGUGA